GAGCGUCUGCUAAAUGCUGUAAAUGUAAAUGUAAAUCCUUGAACCGUAAAGACCCUUUGGUGGGUUACAUAUUAGUUGCUGAUUAAUUUGUGGUAGACAGUAUGCCUUAGUAAGCAACUAAUCUAAAGACAUGACUUUUAGCCAGAUUCCUCAAAAGUAUCCCUUUGGAAAGCAUUAUAAGACUAAUGCAUAAUGCAUCAGGAUAUAAAGGUCAGUUUUUUUCUGUGUGGUGGGUGGUUCAGUUUGGGGCUCCUGGCUUCUCACUGGGUCCUUAUCGACAUUCUGCCUUUAAAAUUGUUUGAUAAGGUGCCUGGUUCUACUUUUGACCAUGACUGCGUGCGAGCGAGCUGCUUUCUACUUUUCGCUUCUUCUCAUUCUGGGCGAGACUCCACACUGUGUGACAGCAGGAAAGGUCCUCGUCUGGCCAGGAGAAUUUAGCCACUGGUUUCAUUUUAGAGUAAUCAUAGAGGGACUAAUCGAAAGAGGACACAAUGUGACUGUAGUUACUUACAGUGCUACACCAUCAGUGAACACAACUCCGUCUCUGGGCUACAAUGUGGAGAUUAUCCAGGUGCCCCACACCAAGCAGGACGUCACUGACCGAAUGGAUGGAUUUAUAAAAUACUGGACGUAUGACAUGGCAAAUGACAACAUAAUCCAGGCUUCUCUGAAGAUCAAGGAGCUCAUCAACUUCAUGUCACAGCAGAAUGAUGUCUUUUGCCGAAAUCUCUUUGCUCGUAAAGAUCUAAUGGAGAAGUGGAAUAAGGAAGAAUUUGAGGUCCUUCUAACUGACCCCAUGAUUUUCUGCUGGGAACUGCUGGCCCAGAAACUGAACCUGUCAUUUAUCAUCAGUCUGAGAUUCUCUUUUGGAAGUGCUAUGGAGCGACUCUGCGGACAACUGCCAGCACCACCCUCCUACGUGCCGGGGGCUGCCUUCGGGUACACGGAUGAAAUGGGUUUCCCUCAGAGACUGAACAAUUUCUUGUUUUAUCGUUUUCAAGAUUUUGUGUUCCGUCUUGUGACUAGGAGGUGGGAUCACCUCUUUACUGAAAUGAUGGGUAAACAAUGAUCCCCUUUUUCAAGUCUUGCUAAGCAUGCACAUCUUUCUGUUUUGAA